CGGAUUUUAACAGUCAGCCCGGAAGCAGACUUAUAUUUAGGAGAGUUGACUGAAAGGUACGACAAACGUUUCGAUAGCUCGGUAAAAUAGCAGUCGACAUUAAGCUUUAAAUAGACGUAGACAUACACUUAAAAACGAACUUGGAGCACCAAACAGCUGUUAAUUAAUGAAAUGUUGUCGUAAAACAGCAUUAUCGAAGUGAUAACGUGACUGCAUGUACUGAUCUGCGGAUAGACGAUGAGCCAGGCUCCUCUCUCCAUGGUUUACCGUAGUGACAAACAACUGCCUGUGCUGUUCCGCACAUUACAUGGAUUUUACCGUCUGGGAACAUUUUGUGAUGUGGUUCUUGUGACCUCUCACUGUAGAAUCCGUGUCCAUAGUGUCAUAAUCGCAGCGUUCAGUCCGCUUUUGUAUCAGAUGCUUGGAGGAGAGAGCUGGUCAAUUGAGCGUCGACAGCUGGAAUUGACUCUGCCAAAUGUUGACUAUAUCUCUCUGUUGAGUCUGAUUGAAUAUUGCUACACUGGGGUAAUCACUGUUGAUUCUUCCUCAGCUGACAAAAUCCUAGGAGUGGCUAUAGCUUUGCAAGUGAAAGAGGUGGAGAAGUUGUGUGUUACCUUCCUAAAUGCACAGAGGAGUUUCUCAUCUGAGUUGGUAUUGGAUACGAGGCCUUCAGCAUUAGCUUCAGUAUCUCCAGGAAGGGGAGGUAAUUCACGUGAGUCAACCUUGGUGGAGAUAUCAAGUUCUGAGAGGUUUAGUCCGAAUGUAUCAACAUCAGGGCAGCCAUCCUCAGAGACGGGAUCCACUGGCCACCCAGACACAGUACACUUGGACUCAGAUGUUAUUGCAGUAAAAACAGAGACCCCAGAUCCACCUGUGGAUUAUGACGCCCAACUGUCCCACCAGUCUCGUGGAAGAGUUGUAUACCUGGAGGGACCAGAAAGUCCUGUAGCCGACAGUCACAGACCUGGGAUGUCAACAGUAUCACACAGCAUCAUCGACAUGUCAAAGAUGUCCCCCACACUACUUACCAUGCACCCAAUGUUAGUUCCUACAGGACCUCCCACCCUCCAGCUCAUGUCUCCGAAGGGGGAGGCAACUCUAGCUCGACAGAUAUCACAAUACCGAGAAGGUAGCCAGGAUAUUGUGGGUAAUGCCUCACCAGAAAGUGAUGGUAUCAGUGUUCACAUUCAGUCUCCAUCUGGUCCAGUGGACAGUGAGCAGUCUCAGGAUGUACCUCGAGAUGACAGAAAGCAACAAGUGACCGUUACCUGUAGUGUAUGUCAUGUACUGUUCAGCAGUGCAGAGGCCCUGACUCGACAUAUGGCUGUUCACCAGAGCACUGCCAUGCCUCCUACCAUACCACAGGGAUCCGUUCUUAACUCCUCUGUCGAGUCAGUCAAACAACCCUCGCCAAAUUUUUAUCAACGUGGCCAUCAGCCAGUAUCUGGACUUUUGUCGUCAGCAGUGGUGCAGGGGGGUGGUGGACUUUUUAAAUGUGGAACAUGUGGUAAAGGUUUUAAAGAUGCUCAGUCUCUAAAAUUCCACAGAUACAAUCAUGUCCUUAGACACUCUUGUAAUAUGUGUGGCAAACGUUUCUCAAGGAGUUGGAAUCUUCAUCGACAUCGGAAAACACACUUCCGAAUGCCCUCCUGGCCUAUGCGUACAGAUUUAAGGGUUGGAGAGAUGACAGGGUCAACAAGUGCAGACAAUCUGAAUCAGUCUGUGGACCUGGAACAGUCUGUAGAUCUGACAGAUGGGGAUGAUGACAUUACAGAAAGGGAUGAUGAGGGGGAGGAAGAGGAGGAGGAUGAAGGAAGAGGUGACCAUGUGACAGAUCUUUUGAGUGGAGAAAUGGCAUAACGGUGCACUGCAUUUUAAUACAGAUUGUACUGUCACUGUAUAAGUAUUCACAGUCAUUAAAUUUUAAUCCAGUUUUAAACUGAAACAUUGCAUGUUGAAAAACAGUUGUGUUAGUAAAUGUGUUAUAAUUUACAAUGAAUCAACUAUCAGUCUCAUAAAUAUUAAUUUGAAUCUAAUUCAAUUUCAUUUUCCAAGACACGCUGUAGUAAAGUAUCAAAGCUGUUCAACAGAAUAUCAUAUUAGUGGUAUAUGAUGGAUCCCCAAUGGAAUCACUAUAUAUAAGUUGUAGUGUAUUGUGGAGAUUGCUCAAUGAUAUGCUUACAAAGGUAUCAUAAUGACAAGAGGAAAGCAACACCUAUAUCAUACACAGCAAUGUGUAAUAGGCACUCGAGACAUACACAGCAAUGUGUAAUAGGCACUCGAGACAUACACAGAAAUGUGUAAUAGGCACUCGAGAUAUACAGAAAUGUGUAAUAGGCACUCGAGACAUACACAGAAAUGUGUAAUAGGCACUCGAGACAUACACAGCAAUGUGUAAUAGGCACUCAAGACAUACACAGAAAUGUGUAAUAGGCACUCAAGACAUACACAGAAAUGUGUAAUAGGCACUCGAGACAUACACAGAAAUGUGUAAUAGGCACUCGAGAUAUACUGAAAUGUGUAAUAGGCACUCGAGACAUACACAGAAAUGUGUAUUAGGCACUCGAGACAUACACAGCAAUGUGUAUUAGGCACUCGAGACAUACACAGAAAUGUGUGAUAGGCACUCGAGACAUACAGAAAUGUGUAAUAGGCACUCGAGACAUACACAGAAAUGUGUAAUAGGCACUCGAGACAUACACAGAAAUGUGUAUUAGGCACUCGAGACAUACACUGCAAUGUGUAAUAGGCACUCGAGACAUACACAGAAAUGUGUAAUAGGCACUCGAGACAUACACAGAAAUGUGUAUUAGGCACUCGAGAUAUAUAAAAAAAUGUUAUGAGGCACUGGAGGGGCUGCGGUGGCCGAGUGGUUAAGGUGUCCCAACACUUUAUCACUAGGCUCCAACUCUUGGUCGUGAGUUCGAAACCCACGCGGGGCAGUUGCCUGGUACUGACCGUAGGUCGGUGGUUUUUCUCUUGGUAUUCCAGCUUUCCUCCACCUCCAUAACCUGGGACGUCCUUAAAUGAACCUGGCUGUUUAUAGGAUGUUAAAUAAAAUAAACCUAACCUAAAGCACUGGAGAUUUUGUCUUCCAUGGCAUGGAUAGGUCCUCGCGUGAGAAAACAUGGAACAACUUGAGACUUCCUGAAAUGUCAUUGGAGUAGGAAACCUAUAGCUUUCAUAUUCUUGUUUUUAUUAAUUUGCCAAAAAGUACAGAUUUAUAAUUUAAAACUUUACUUUGCACCAACCACUACACCCUGCUUGUCUUGGUAAAUACUUUUAAUCAUAAUUUCUAAAAUCUAUGACACAGUUUUUCCUAGUCAACUUAUUUGUCAAUUCUGCUUCAGAUGUACAACACCACAAUGUAGAAAGUAGGUUGCUGUGAUCAACAUUUUCUGUUUGACUGACAUUUGCAUUCAAGCAGAAGUAAGUGUAUAAAUGAGUUAUUAUCUGUCCUGCUGCUUUUUGAAUAAAUGUAUUCAUUACAUUCAGAUGUCAAAAAGUCUUCAUCAAUUAACAAUUAAAGAAAAAAUUAGUACUGGUUUGAACAGCCAGGUGACAGAAGAGACGAUUCAUUGUCAAAGGGCACCACAUGUGGUACCCAAAAUCUAAUGCAUUUAUUGCAUCAGGUAAUAAAUCAUUAAUAUGUUGUUAAUUUAUUGAGUAUUUUAAGAGAAGUUUUCUGAAAUCUGCUGGUGUCAGAACAUGAUUGAUGACCUGAGAUUAUUUUGUAGUAUUGGUGUGUCAGUGUUAUAUUGUACCAGGUGUAUACCAAAUUUGUUAGAUAUUUAAAGUUUAGCCUGACAUUGUCUAGUCAUUGUAUACUCAAUUGUUGGAUUGUUGGAGAUUAAAAUGACACAUUAUUUUAAAAUUAAAGCUCCAUACAAAUGAAAA